AUGUCCACGUCGGUAUCUUUCGACCACGAACUUGCAUUGGCUCUGGAACGUCAUAGCAAGUAUAUCGGCACGGCAAAAGUCAGUUUAGAUCAGCUUCGCUUUGUGCCAGCUCUGCCCGAUGGAAUCGAUUCAAGAAAAUCCGAGCGGCUCCAAGAAAUAUUUAAAAUUGGACAAUGCGCGCGGCUCGACGUACAAAAUCAUAUACCAGCAAUAAUUUCACAUGACGCCAUUGAAGGCUCCUUGGCAUUUAGUGGAAUUACACGCGCAGACCUACUGAAUGCUAGUUCAGACAGACCGCCCCUGUUGAAUUUUCCUAAUGGUCAAUUGAAGGCACUACAUGGUCGGCAUCGCAUUGAAGCGGCGAGCAAAGCAUUAUUUCCCGAUGACCGUUGGUGGACAGUGGAUCUUUAUCUUGAUGGUAUUACUUCUAUCCGCAUACUGAUUCAUGCUCUAAUAUUCGCAGAUAUUGGGGAAGCUCUACGGGCUACACUUUUAGACGAGUAUGCCAACGAAUCGUUGCCCACAGAUGGUCAAAUUUACCGAAAAAUUAGACAAUAUGAGGGCGAGGGAAAUGUUUAUUUUCGAGAGCGCUGGUAUCUAAGGCUUUCUAAGACAGGUCGUGAGCGAUUAGACCAGCUAGAUAACCCUCGAAACCGAGCCUUGAGAGCCGGUUUUGAUAAAUUACUUGCCAUUCCUGGAGUGUGGGGCCGUGGUAUGCGGAUCAGUUUGCUGGCCCGUAUUAUAGCAUCCGACUGCAUUGAUGUGAGUUGA